AUGAAAAAACCCAUAUUGCAUGACUUGUCUGCUGGCACAAAAGAAUGGUCUUCGGUCGAAGGUAGAAAGUUUAUGACAAAUAAUUGUAAGCCUAUCUUACAAGUUCCCAGUCUGACAGAUGAAGAAAGCUCCUUCAACAAAAUGGUCAGAAUGUAUGUGAAUUGUUUCGAAUUUAACUUUUUGAUAGAAGAGGAGGAAAGGGAAACCACUAAAAUCACUGAAACUGCAGAUGUUGACAACUAA